AUGGUUAAAGCACAGGCCAAAAAAGUCCCAGAGUCUGUACAAAAACUCAAAGACCGAAUCGCUGCCAACGAGGCCAAAAGAGCUGAAACCAAAGCAGAGAAAGAACAAUACAGAGUUGCAGCCUACCAAGCCGCUUUAGAAUUAUCAGAAAAACAUCUCAAAGACUACGUCGCCCAACAAGUCCUCGAAGCCGAAAACAAACAAACCGCCACCUCCACUGGUGAUUUCUACGUCCCACCAGAGCCAAAAGUGAUCCUCGCCAUCCGCAUCAAAGGUAUUAAUAGAUGCCCACCCAAAGUCAGGUCAGUCCUUAAGCUCUUCAGACUUAUCCAACUACACAGUGCAGUCCUCAUUAAGAACAACAAAGCCACCAAAAACAUGCUCAAGCUAGUCGAGCCAUGGGUCACUUACGGAUACCCUUCAAGAGAAACCAUUGCAAAACUAGUCUACAAGCGUGGAUUCCUCAAGAUUAACAAGGCAAGGAUCCCUCUUUAUGAUAACGCACAGAUUGAGAAAGAACUCGGCGCUGAGAAAAUUGUCUGUGUCGAAGACGUGAUUACUGAGCUUGCCACUUGUGGCCCACACUUUAAGAAGGUAAACAGUUUCUUAUGGAGAUUCAAGCUGUCUUCACCUAAGGGAGGAUUCACCCAUAAGAGAACUUCUUAUAUACAAGGAGGGGACUGGGGAAACAGAGAAGGGAAAAUCAAUAAUUUAGUCCUUAGAAUGAUUUAA